UUACAUUGAAAUCACAUCUGAAGGGGAUAUUUUAACAGUCAGUAUGAAGAGGAGGAGUGAUUACAGUGCGGAAAACCUCCCUCGGUGUUCAUAUGGGCAUCUGACUGUUGUUUCUAGAUGGACUUGAAAAACUGAUAACCUAUACUUUCAGAAUCAGAAUCAGAAUUAUUUGCCAAGUAGCAGGUACAACGUGGUCCAAUGUCAACAGAAAAAAGCAAUAAACAUUAAACAUAAAAUGAACAUAAACACAAACAUAACUGUAAAAAAGAGGGGGAUAGUAAUUUACGAAGACUCUGUGUAGUGGGGGUGGACUAUGUGCUUGCAUGUUGACUUGAUAAAGACUAUGUGUGUGCAAGAAAACCCCCCCAGAAUAUAAAUAGAAGUAUAAAUACCAAUGCACUUAAAGGUCUGUUUAUUUACAAUUAUUUAUCUAUUUACCACUUAUGUACACUUACUGCACCUGUGCACCAAUGUGCAAUAUAAUGUUUAUUUGUAUAUGUUUCAAUUCGUCUCUCUCUUGUCUUCCUCUUCUCUCUCAUUUUACUACUCUAAUUGGAAGAGUUUGCAGAAGCCAAAUUUCUCUGCCCUCAGUGUUGCUAUCUGCUGUGCUACGUUGCUGUGCAUGUGAUAACAAAACCUCUUGAAUCUCUUGAUUCUUGGUCUACUCAGUGGCUGUUCUGGGGCUUUUGAUCAUAUCUCAUGAUCUUCCAAAGUAGAUGGAGUUGUCCAGUAAACUAUGUUUACUGGCUAAAGUUAUUGUAUAUUUAUAUUUCUUGGCUAUGACUCAUAACUUCCUGGGGUGUCCGCUGGUUGCCUGGCAACUAGUCCUUAUCUAGAAACAGCGUGGCAGUCAGUUUAGCUUCAUAAAACAGCAAAUUGUGUUUUUUACACCGCGAUUUAUGUAACGCUACGGAUGAAACAAACAAGACACUAGCGUUACGUGUUAGCUAGUGAGCUUUAGGGCUGCUGGUAGGCGGAUUUUUGUAAACUGCGCUAGCUGUUUUUUCCCAUGUGUCCAGUCUUUGCUAUGCUAAGCAGACGUCCCCCCGAAGAAAGUGAGUAGCUAUGACUGAACAAGACAUUUGUCCCCACCUGGACACCAUAGGAGAGGUAACCAAAGAGGACCUUCUACAGAAAUCCAAGGGAACUUGCCAAUCAUGCGGAGCAGGGGGCCCUAACCUCUGGGCCUGUCUGCAGAAUGACUGCCCAUAUGUUGGUUGUGGAGAGUCCUACUCUGAUCACAGCACCCUGCAUGCACAGGCUAAAAAGCACAACCUGACGGUGAACUUGACAACAUUCAGGAUCUGGUGUUAUGUGUGUGAGCGGGAGGUGUUUCUGGAGCAGAGGCCCGCCCUGGUGCCUGUUCCUGCUGUGCCCCACCACUGCAAAGCCACAGAGCAGGAAGCAACGCCUCAGCCAGUAGGUCAUCCACUUAAAGCAGUGCCAAUUGCUGUGGCAGAAGAAGAAGGUUCAGAGUCGGAGGAAGAUGAGCUUAAACCAAGAGGCUUGACGGGAAUGAAAAAUAUUGGAAAUUCCUGCUACAUGAACGCAGCACUUCAAGCCCUGUCUAACUGUCCUCCCCUCACUCAGUUCUUCCUGGACUGCAGUGGAUUGGUUCGCACUGAUAAGAAGCCGGCUCUCUGUAAGAGUUACCAGAAACUCAUCUCAGAACUCUGGCAUAAAAAACGACCCAGUUAUGUUGUCCCUACCAGUCUGUCACAUGGCAUCAAACUAGUAAACCCCAUGUUUCGUGGUUACGCUCAGCAGGUAGGGGCAAGCACCCAGCAGGACACCCAGGAGUUCCUGCGCUGUUUGAUGGACCAAUUACACGAGGAGCUCAAGGAGCCUCUGACAGAGUGCAGCAUGAGCGGAGAGGGAAGUGAUGGGGAGGAGAGAGGAGAGGGAGAGCGCUCCCCGUCUGAGGAUGAAUUCCUAUCCUGUGACUCUGGCUCCAGCAGCGACCGGGGGGACGUAGGAGGCGCGGGGGACGGUGAGCUGCUUGUGCAGGAUGAGUGUGAUGGAGUCAGGUCACAGGCGGGGGGGAUCGUGGGCGUCAAUCCCGCCGGGGUGAUCUCUGAGAAGGAGAGGCUGAAGGAGAGAAGGGUGUCUGGCUCACCUCUCCGUGGAGGAUCGCAAGAGAUGGAUGAGGACGCUGAUGUGGAUACAGCGGCCGAGGAAGGGGUUCCUGAGAGAGCGGUGGAAGAAGAAUGCACAUCAACCCCAAAUACUGAAGUCCAAAGCCAAGAGAACAACCAGCCAUCUAAUACAGAGCAAGGGCAAGGCGAUGGCAGCCACAUCUCAGAGCCAGACAAUGAAGCGUCAAUGACCCAGCCGCAGUCCACUCACUGCAGUCCCGUGAGAACCCUUCAGGAGCUGCAUCCGAAACUGUCCUCCAGUCCUCCUCGUUCCAGCCCGCUCCGCUCCGCAGGACCCGCGUAUUCCUUCAAGAAAGCUCAGCUGCUGCUCACUUCCAGGAAGAAGAAACAGUCUCACUAUCGCAGCGUGAUCUCAGACAUCUUUGACGGCUCUAUUCUCAGUCUGGUCCAGUGUUUAACCUGCGACAGGGUCUCUACUACAGUGGAAACCUUUCAAGACUUGUCCCUACCUAUUCCCGGUAAAGAGGACUUGGCCAAACUCCACUCCUCCAUCCAUCAGAACCUGCCAGUCAAGACUGGCGUGUGUCCAGACACUUAUGGCUCGCAGGGCUGGAUAUCCUACAUCAUGGACUCCAUACGCCGGUUCGUAGUCUCGUGUAUCCCCACUUGGUUUUGGGGGCCCAUGGUAACCCUAGAGGACUGUCUUGCUGCCUUCUUUGCUGCAGAUGAACUUAAAGGAGACAACAUGUACAGCUGUGAGAGAUGUAAAAAGUUGAGAAAUGGUGUCAAAUAUUGCAAAGUACUUAGACUUCCAGAGAUUCUGUGCAUUCACCUGAAACGUUUCCGGCACGAGGUCAUGUAUUCGUUCAAGAUUAGUAGCCACGUAUCCUUCCCAUUGGAGGGCCUCGACAUGCGACCUUUCCUGGCUAAAGAUAGUCCAUCCCAAGUCACCACUUACGACCUGCUAUCGGUCAUUUGUCACCAUGGAACAGCAGGAAGUGGACACUACAUAGCUUACUGCCAGAAUGUGAUCAAUGGCCAGUGGUAUGAAUUUGAUGACCAGUAUGUCACAGAAGUCCAUGAGACAGUGGUGCAGAAUGCAGAAGCAUAUGUGUUGUUCUAUAGGAAGAGCAGUGAGGAAUCGGUGAGAGAGAGGCAGAAGGUGGUGGCUCUGGCCAAUAUGAAGGAGCCCAGCCUGCUGCAGUUUUACAUCUCCAGAGAGUGGCUCAACAAGUUCAACACCUUUGCUGAACCAGGCCCCAUCAGCAACCAUACAUUUCUUUGCCAGCAUGGAGGGAUUCCUCCUAACAAGUACCAGUACAUAGACGACCUGGUCGUGAUAGUUCCCCAGAAUGUGUGGGAGUACCUUUACAACAGUUUUGGAGGCGGCCCUGCAGUCAACCACCUGUAUAUGUGCGCCAUCUGCCAGGUGGAGAUUGAAGCUCUGGCUAAACGCAGGAAAACAGAAAUAGACACCUUUAUCAAGCUGAACAAAGAGUUUCAGGCGGAGGAGGCUCCGACAGUCAUCCUGUGUAUCAGCAUGCAGUGGUUCAGAGAGUGGGAGAGCUUUGUAAAGGGCAAAGACAACGAGCCCCCGGGUCCCAUUGACAACAGUAAAAUUGGUGUUAUGAAAGGAGGACACAUACAACUCAAGCAAGGUGCAGACUACGGUCAGAUCUCAGAGGAGACAUGGCAGUACUUGUUGGGUAUUUAUAGCGGGGGCCCUGAGAUUGCAGUGAGACAGACGGUGGCCCCGGCUGACCCAGACAGUCUUCACGGCGAGAGGAAGAUCGAGGCAGAGACCAGAGCACUUUGAGAUAAAGAGAGGUCUUCUGAUUUCCUUUCCACUCCUGCCCUCACAGGAAGCUGAGGACUUUGCACCUUGGCGAAGAAGCCUCAUCGUGAGCACUUUGUAAAUGUAGCAACGCAUUAUUCUGAAGCCCUGUCGCAAGAGGAUGAAAUGGUACUUAAAUAUCAUGUAGUUUAUUUAUUGGAUAACUCCAGUCCUCAAUGUUAAGGUGUAAAAUAAGAUGUUGUGUCACAUCUCCAGAGCUGCUUUCGGUAGCUAAUGGUGUUUCAGUUGCUGCUGUAGUGACUAGGUGUCAUACUGCUAAACUGGCUAUGGCAGGCAGACAGCUGCCGGGGUCACUGACCAGAACGCUGGAGGGGAGCAUUAUGAUGUUUGGUUUGAGGACUGUACUUUUUCAUUGGAAGCAACAACCCAGAGACAUCGAUAAGCUUUCUGUUGUUCGCCUGUUUAGUAGCUUCAUAGCAACAAGUUCAGACAACAAGUGAGAGAUAUUCCAUAAAUCAUACUCUUGCACCUCCAACCUUAAAUACACAGUCUAACUGAGCCCUCAGGAAUGGAAGUCUUUUGUUGGUUUAAGUCAGUAAAAUGAUCGGACCAGUGAACCAUAAGAAAUCACAAAGCAUGCGUGAGUGAUCAUUUUGAGGGUCAUUUGUAUUUGAAAAGCUUCAAAGUGCAUGCUGUUGCAACUCCCUUUUUUUGACCUAGAAGGACUUUUCUCUGAUAGGAUGAGAUGCUGAGUUUGUUUCUUAAAACAGAAAAUAACAAACGAAAGUGCUCAAGAUUACGGUAAAAUUGAGUCACUCCCGCUCAGUUUAUCCCAGAGUUAUCUUGAGAACAUGCAAACAUAUAUAGAUAUAUGGCUAUAUAUCUAGAUAUAUCAGUAUAAAUAUCAACAGAGUAGAUAAUUGCAGUCGUGGAGGAAGUGUAACAUACAAAGAUGAUUACAUAUCGGGUGUGGUAACGCGAUAAAUUUACCAGGGGAUGAUGAGAAAAUAACUGGCUUUUGUGAUAAUAGCCUACACUGUAAGUUUGUAAUUCUUCUGAAACACAAGAGUGUAAAUGGCCUUGGUCACAGCUCAUGGAAGAGAUAAUUCCCUUUUCACGUAACAGUUUAGCAAAAGGAAAAAAAUAUUCUGACAACGUCACAAAAAAACAGGCUCAAACAGCACAACAUGGACAAAACCAUUUACCAUAUGAUUGCUACUUAAUUAAUCGAGUAUAUUUUCUUACUUAAUUUCUUAAUCGUGCAUGUUUGGUCAUCAGGUUGUUUAAAAAAAUGAAUCUUGUUGUAGGGAUAUUACAUUAUGAGGUAUAUGCUCAUAAAGACAUUAAUGUGUCUACGAGUUGUUUACUGUUGAAACCUCCGCUUGCAGGAAGUGUUGAAUCUGCACCGCUUGAUAGCAGGAAAACUUGAUUCAGAUCUUGUGCUUCUCUGUCCUCCCUUCCUUUAAUAUCUUUUCAUCACAGACACAUCAGACUGGUAAACAAGAGUGUGUAGUGCAAGUUUAAACAGCUCCUGACAUUGACAUCUGGCUGCCAUUGACAUCAGCAAACAUGCAGACUUGCUCAGAACAUUUUUGAGUAACUGCACACUGUGGAGUCGAUCACCUUGCUUAUAAUAACGCCACCUGCUAAAGACUUUGCAAAAGUCGAUUCUGUUUAUGAAUCUUUUUAACUUCAUGUCUGAUCACUUGUUUUUUGAGGUGACUUUUAACAAAAUAAUCCCUGUCAGCUGUUUAGAUUUUAAUAAUUUGAGCGAAUACUGACAAAGUUUCAAUCUGAAACAUCAACAGGAACUUUACAUUUUAUGUGACGUCUUUAUAUUGAUCCUUUCCUUAAUUAUUUUAAUACAUUUUAGAGCACAGCAAAUAAACCAAGUAAUCCCCUAUGUCAUUGUAGAUAAACCACAUACUUGCCUUUUCUUAUUGUACAGAUCUGCAGAGGAGGUUUGCCUCCAUAUUUUAAGCAGUUGAAGCCUAGCAUUGUGGUAGAGUGAGUCACCCCUGGUCAACACAUGAUACUAACGAUGUAUCUCUGUGUCCCUCUAUAGUCUAAUUUAAUGACUAUCAUAAAAAAUACCAAUUUUGAAAAGCAAACCUAGGAAAAUAAAAAAAUAUGUAUUAUUUUUCUGUGUUUUUCUAUGUUUGAACAGCACAAUUAAUUUAAACCAUUUACCAAACCAAAAAUAAGACAGUAUGAAAUGAAAAAUAUGUUUCAUUUGACAAUCUUGUCUUUAAACAACAAAUGAAUCUAUAGUCAAUUUAACUUUAUUGCUGUUUGGUAAAAUCUCCUGAGCCAUAUUACAUGAUGUACCAAUCAACAGUUGAUAAAUUGUCUUUAAAUAUUUCGUUCAUCAAUAAUAAUCAUUUAAGUAGUUUUUCCAAUUAUUGGAUUGGCACAGAAGAACCUCCAGAGGUAGGAGUUUUACUCAGAUAAAUACUGCUACUCAGCUAUUACACUGAAUCACAAGAUAUGUCAGUAAAUACAAAUGAGUGACAGCAAGAUCUUGAAGCUUUUGUCAACAGGAAACUAACCUUUCAAUGCUAGAUGACUGAAUGAACACUGUUUUUGUUGUUGUUGGUUUUGGGUUUUUUUUUUUUUUUUUAGAUGCCAUGCAAAACAAAACAACUGAUUAUCUGAAAGACAGUCAUCCUACUGUGGAACACGGUGCCGUCAAGUCCCUAUAUACCCAUAAUACACCUGCCCAAGUGUUUUCACGUAUUUGCCUGAUAAGAGCUGCAUGCACAGCCACUACUUGAUUGAGAUCUCCCUCACAGUACUUUUAGUUUUGUUAAGGUGGAAAAAUGUACUCUGUCAUCACUUUCAUGAGUAAAUGGUAUUUGGUGAGCUCUAGCGUAGCUCUUCCCACCUUUAACCAGAGCAAAGGUCUUAUCAGUCAGGAGAAAUAAAAAUAUCUAUGUGGGUGUGCACAGGCUUCAGUUAGUUUACAUCCCCCUCUAUUUAGACCAUGUACCAUUAAAUCUCCAUGCUGUAUUUCACUGUAUGAUCAACUGAAAAUUCAUGACAUACAUGAUAGUUUAUUUAUGUCAACAGAGAGUUAGAUGAGACCAUGAUACCACUCUCACGUAGGUAAAUAUGAAGCUAACACCAGCAGCUGGUUAGCUUAGCUUAGCACAAAGACUGGAAAUGAGGAAAAAGCUAGCUUGGUUCUGUCUAAAGGUAAUAAAAUCCACCUACCACACAACCGAAGCUCACUAAUGCACAUGUUAUAUCUUGUUUGUUUACUGCUCUAGGGCAAGAAAUAACACAGCACAUAACCCCCCAUGAAAACCACAACUUGUCAUUAUUAAACUUUUUUCACUCAGGUUUUGUAUCGAUUAAACAAACGAGAUAUAACUUGUUAAUUAGUAAGCUUUAGAAGUGUUGAGAGGUGGAUUUUAGGCUAGCUGUUUUGCCCCAUUUCCUGUCUUUGUGCUAAAUUAAGCUAGCUGCUGGCUACUUUGAUAUUUAGUGUACAGACUUGAGAGUGGUAUUGAACCUUGAAGAAGGUGUUAGCAUACCAAUAAAAAAACAAAACAAAAAACAACAAAACUUCAGAAUGUCAGCCUCAAAAUGUAGAAUCAAAGUAGCUAAUACUACCUAGCUUCAGCGUUACCUUUCUCUGUUAGCUAAAAAUUAGCAAUCAACGUCUUGACGUCCUAUUAUCAUUUUGUGUCAUGAACUACUGGGAGAUUCCAGCAUACGCAAGACAGACUUUUGGCACAUACUUAAUCUGAUAAAGUGCAACAAUUUCAACAAUCUCAGAUAUUUGUAAGUGUAAUUAUCAGAAGACCACCUUUAACAUUCCCCUAUAGCAACGUAUCCAACAAGCAGAGAGCACCCAAAAAAUACCCAAGAUGUUUUAAUUGACCAUUUUUUCACUGCAGAUAGUUGGACUUGUUAUAGCAGGAGAUGAUCCCUCCACUCACUUUUAAGUGUCACAGUAAGUGAUGUCAGUGAAGAAACAUCCUUAUUAGUUUAGGAGCACCUAAAGGCAUGGCUGUAAUUUUCCCAGUAUGACAUGUCAAAAUGUCAGCCAUGUCUGUUGAGACUUUGGACCAUUGCAGUAAUUUAUGUCUCCCUGUUUUGUUUGUUUUUGUGUCCAAAGAGCAAUCAAUCAAUUUUAUUAAGAGAGGAUUCUGAUUUGUCCAUUUGUCUUAAGAAAACUGUUUUGCAGUGUUUUUCUUCUCACGAACGUCCAGACUGUGUCUACAAGAGAUAAUAUUAAUACUAUAGGGAUGUUUGUGCUAUGUUUAGAUACUUUUUGGGGGCGUAAGUGCAAUGAAAAAAGACAAAUCUUUGUGCAAUUCUAGCUCUAUCAUCAAAGAGAUACUGGACAGCUAUCAAAUACUUAAUGAACAGCUGACGGUACAGACUGGGGCAGUGCAUCAUAUUAUAUUGCAGUGUUAAGAAAUGUCGAGUGGUAAUUACUUACUUAAUUAUCCCCACCUGUGAGUUUAUGUUUGCUUGUGUUACAGCACGUAGCUAUGCGUGAGAGAUUCCCAUUUAUAUUUUUCACUGGAAAAGAUGAGCAUUGCUGUGGUUGGACAGAAUUCAUCAGUAAUGUCGGGACACCCUGCAGAUAGCAGAGCAGGAUUUCACUGACUCUUGUUUUUCCUUUCAUUUUACGGUGUGUGGCUGUUGUGGUCAAGAUAAUGGUGAUGUUUUGAGAACAUGGGACUGUGGUUGACCUCAAUUCAAUGGGAUGUCUUAAUGUCUGUAUAACUGAUGUAAUUACUCAUGACUGGUUAAAUGAUUAAAAUUGCCUGGUCUUUGA